UUCAGUGGUUGGAUUUGGUUAAGUCUAUGCUGAAGGAAGCUCAGUGGUUGAUGUAUAAUUCGGCGCCAGCACUGGAUGAAUACAUGGAAAAUGCAUAUGUAUCAUUUGCCCUGGGACCGAUUGUUCUUCCAGCUCUCUAUUUGGUAGGGCCUAAGCUCUCAGAGGAGGCUGUGCGGAGUCUCGAGUUCCACCAGCUAUAUAAACUUAUGAGUACCACUGGGCGUCUUCUCAACGACAUGCAAACCUUUAAGCGGGAAUCUGCGGAAGGGAAGCUAAAUGCUGUAACAUUGGCGAUGCUUCAUGGCAAUGGAAGCGCCACUGAAGAAGAGACCUUCAGUGAGAUGAAGAGCAUUAUAACCUGUUAG